AUGAAACAUGAAGCAUCUUUGCCCAACCCUGAUCCCGCGGAAGAUUCGCCUACUGCAGCCUUCCUAAAUCAAUCCACUCCUUUCAUGGUUCCAACUUAUGUUCGACCUCCUCCCAUGAUGGUCAGAGGAGAAGGAUGCUUUAUAUAUGACAAUGAGAAUAGGCAAUAUCUUGAUUUCACGGCGGGAAUAGCUGUAAAUUCCCUUGGUCAUGCUGAUCCCGAGAUCUCGAGGGUCAUUGCCCAUCAAGCACAACAACUGAUCCAUGCUUCAAACCUCUACCACAAUCCAUGGACGCCAACCCUAUCGAAACUGCUGGUACAGGAGACACAGAAACAAUCUCCAGGCUCAGAACUCAGACAGGUAUUUGUCUCAAAUUCUGGCUCGGAAGCAAACGAAGCCGCCAUCAAGUUCGCGAGAAAGGUCGCCUACGCCAAAGGCCCUGAGACCGCCCAGAGAGGUAUCGUCUCGUUUCAUGGGUCAUUCCACGGUCGAACAUACGGCUCUCUAUCAGCCACUCCAAAUAAAAAGUACCAGGCCCCUUUUGGUCCCAUGCUCGCUGGCUUCCGCUAUGGAACAUACAAUGACGUUGGGAAGGUCAAAGACUUGAUCACUGGGGACACUGCUGGAGUCAUCGUUGAGCCCAUCCAAGGUGAAGGAGGUGUCAACGUUGCAACUUCUGAAUUUCUGCAAGCACUACGUAAGCGAUGUGAUGAAGUCGGAGCGGUUCUGAUUUUUGACGAAAUCCAAUGUGGCCUGUCCCGCACCGGUGAUCUCUGGGCUCACACCGCCUCUGGUGUCCAUCCGGAUAUUUUGACAACCGCAAAAGCACUCGGGAAUGGGAUUCCUAUUGGAGCCACUCUCGUUUCUGGAAGAACAGUCGCACCGUUCAUCAAGACUGGAGACCAUGGAACAACGUUCGGCGGAAACCCCCUCGCAUGUCGAGUUGCCCAUCAUGUCUUCGAACGACUAGCCAAAUCCAAGCUGCAAGAUGAAGUCAAGAUCAAGUCCAAAUUGUUCUUAACUGCGUCUGAGACCCUAAAUCAGAAAUUUCCUGGUGUCAUCACAGAAGUCAGAGGCCGAGGUCUUAUUAUUGGCUACCAACUAAGCGAUGAGGCUAAACCAAAGGUUACGGAGAUCGUUACCGCCGCCAGAGAACGAGGUUUGUUGGUUAUCACCGCCGGAGAUGGUGUCAUCAGGAUUGUGCCUCCGCUAGUCAUUUCACAGGAUGAGAUCAACCGUGGUCUGGCCAUCUUGGAGCAAGCUAUGGAAGUCGUAUUCAACAAACCAGUUGAGAUCCCUCCAACCAAAGGUCAGCAGGAGUUUGGAAGCCGGUAA